AUGGGUUAUAUUCAAGUAGAAAAAAUUGUUGAUGUCUUGGUAGACCCUCUUCGACACAGUUUAAGGGAUAGAGAUCCCUAUGUUCGUAAAACUGCGGCUACAUGUGUUGCAAAAUUGUACAUGUAUGAUAGAGUCUUGGUAGAAAGUGAACAUUUUGUUGAUAUGCUGAGAGAUCUCUUGGCUGAUCCUAACCCAACCGUCGUUGCAAAUGCUGUAGCUGCUUUAACAGAAAUUUCUGAAAGAUCCGAUAGUAUUCAAUUGAGAUUAAAUCAUUCAAUUGCAAGCAAACUUGUAGCUGCUUUAGGUGAAUGUUCAGAAUGGGGUCAAACAUAUAUAUUGGAAGCUCUCAUGUACUACGUACCCCAAGAAUCAGGCGACGCAGAAAUGCUUGCCGAACGUAUCUCUCCUCGAUUACAGCAUGCUAAUUCAGCAGUCGUUUUAACAGCAACAAAAGUCAUGAUGUAUCUUAUGAACUAUAUGGCUAAUGAAGACGAAAUCAACCAAUUGUGCAAAAAGUUGGGUCCUCCUUUAGUCACUCUAUUAGCCUCGGGUUAUGAAGUGCAAUACGUAGCUUUACGUAAUAUUCAACUGAUUAUUCAACGAAGACCCGAGAUUUUGAAAAAUGACAUCAAAGUAUUUUUCUGCAAGUACGAUGAUCCCAUCUGUGUCAAGUUGGGCAAGCUGGAAAUUAUCUUUAGAUUAGCCAAUGAUAGAAACGUAGAUUUAGUAUUGAACGAAUUGAAAGAAUAUGCUGCCGAAGUGGACGUAGAUUUUGUUAGAAAGGCUGUUAGAGCCAUUGGUAGAUUAGCUGUCAAACUUGAAUCAGCCGCAGACCGAUGUAUCGCCGCAUUAUUAGAACUCAUUCAAACCAAGGUGAAUUAUGUUGUUCAAGAGGCCAUCAUUGUGAUUCGAGAUAUCUUCAGAAAAUACCCCAAUCAAUACGAAAGUAUUAUUUCAACCCUCUGCGAAAACUUGGAUGAUUUGGAUGAACCUGAGGCAAAAGCAUCCAUGAUUUGGAUUAUUGGACAAUACGCGGAUAGAAUUGAAAAUGCCGAUCAGUUAUUGGACGACUUUUUAUACACAUUUUUGGAAGAACCUUAUGAAGUCCAGUUGGCUUUAUUAACAGCCACCGUCAAGUUAUUUGUGCAAAGACCUACUGUUGGUCAAGAGUUAGUACCCAAGGUAUUGAAAUGGGCCACAGAAGAAGUUGAUAACCCGGAUUUACGUGAUCGUGGCUAUAUCUACUGGCGUUUACUUUCGACAGAUCCAGCAGCAGCUAAAGCAGUAGUUUUAUCUGAUAAACCCGCCAUCACAACUGAAAGCGACAACUUGGAUCCCAAUUUCUUGGAUGAAUUGUUACUUCAUGUGGGUUCUUUAGCCUCCAUUUACCACAAAAGCCCUACUGCUUUUAUCAAUCGUUACAAACCUCGUUAUUUGUUACCAUCUCCUGCUCUUAAAGAGAGAAACGGAAAUUUAAACACAUAUCAAAAACCUCAAGAACAAUACCAAAAGCAACAACAAGACCAAUACCAACAACAGCAACAGCAACACGAACAACAGCAACAACAACAACAGCAACAACAACAACAGCAGCAGCAAGAGCCAUCUGCUCAAUUUAACGACUGGAGUUACAAUGCUGCCACGAGUAAUAAUAGAGUUGUACCUACUCAAACUAAUAAUCCAUAUUCCACUGAUUUGCUGCAAUAA